UGUGUUCUCUUCUCUCUUGGCCUUUGUUUUGUGUGUAAGAUCGUAUAAUAUGUCGACUAGUAAAGGCAACGAUGUUGGUGAAGGAUCGUCGUCAAAUUCCUCUUCGUCUUCGUCUCUCGUUGCUGUUAUCGACGAUCGUAAUCAAACAGCAGUAGCUCCUGUGAAUCGGUACGAAUCUCAAAAGAGGAGAGAUUGGUACACGUUUGGACAAUAUUUGAGGAACCAAAGACCUCCAUUGGCUAUCUCCCAAUGCAAUUCAAGUCAUGUUUUGGAUUUCCUUCGAUAUCUCGACCAAUUUGGGAAGACAAAAGUGCAUUUAAAUGGGUGUAGUUUUUUUGGUCAACCCGAGCCACCUGGGCCUUGUACUUGCCCUCUUAGACAAGCUUGGGGUAGCCUCGAUGCGCUUAUUGGUCGCCUUAGAGCUGCUUACGAAGAAAAUGGAGGCUCAUCAGACACUAACCCAUUUGCUAGUGGUGCUAUUAGGGUUUAUUUGCGAGAAGUCAAAGACUCUCAGUCUAAAGCAAGAGGAAUCCCAUAUAAGAAGAAGAAGAAAAAGAAGAUUCCAACUCACACUCAUCAACCAGGUAAUCCACUGAAUUACCAGUACUCAAAUCUCUUUCUUUUCUUAUUACUAGUCCGUAAAACGAAUAUCAACAAAUCUCGAGGAAAAUUCAAACCUUCAACCUUUAGGAAAGGAACGAGCUGUGCCUUUAACCCUAAAACUAUUCUCCCGUCG